AUGGCGGUCUCGUUUAAUACAACCCUUCACCAGCCUUCGCUGAGUCCGAGCUGUAGCAUCAAGCUUUAUUCUGGAUUGAAGCCUCAGUCUCCAAGCUUUUUGACAAAUGGGUAUCAGAAUUUGAAUAAGGAGUUCUAUGGCAGAAUUCACAAGAGCUUGCAAUCCGGGACUGGGAAAGCGAGUAGGUCACGGGUUAAGAUGAUGCCAAUAGGUACACCUAGAGUGCCUUACAGAAACCGAGAAGAAGGCACUUGGCAAUGGGUUGAUAUAUGGAAUGCCCUUUACCGAGAGCGUGUAAUCUUCAUUGGACAGAACAUCGAUGAAGAGUUUAGCAACCAGAUAUUAGCGACUAUGCUGUAUCUCGAUACUCUUGAUGACUCGAGGAGGAUCUAUAUGUACCUAAAUGGACCAGGCGGAGAUCUUACUCCAAGUCUAGCUAUCUAUGAUACAAUGAAGAGCUUGAAAAGUCCGGUUGGGACACAUUGCGUUGGACUUGCCUAUAACCUUGCAGGGUUUCUUCUUGCUGCCGGAGAAAAGGGUCAACGUUUUGCGAUGCCAUUGUCAAGAAUUGCUCUCCAAUCACCAGCAGGUGCAGCUCGUGGUCAGGCUGAUGAUAUCCAAAACGAAGCUAAAGAGCUUUCGAGGAUAAGAGAUUACCUCUUCAACGAACUAGCCAAGAAUACGGGGCAGCCUCCGGAAAAGAUUGUUAGACCACCGCGCAUCAAAGAAGACGCUCCUCGCCAAGACGAGUCCGCAGGUCUCGGUUAG